GGAGCAGACGUUACUUUCGGUGGAAGUUUGAGAGAGAGACACCAACCAAAGGCAUCUACAGCCAGCCAGCUUCACAGCUCUACUACUGCAACAGUACUACUCCUCUUCUUCCAGCAAACAUGACAGAGAGACGCAUCCCCUUCAGCCUGCUCCGCACCUCUAGCUGGGACCCCUACAGGGACUGGUACCAGGGCAACCGACUCUUCGACCAGUCCUUCGGUAUGCCUGCCCACGCAGAGGGGUUACCCUCCUUCUCCAGCACCCACUGGCCCGGAUACAUGCGCCCCGCCCUCAGCCACGACCUGUCCUCUGCCGGCUUCAUGCCCUCUAUGAUGCCCCACCAGCAGAGUGCAAUGAUGCCCUUAGUCCCAAUGAUUCCCCAAGCCCCAAUGAUGGUCCAGGCCCCCAUGAUGGCCCAGGCUGGGGCAGCAUCGUACGCCCGCGCCCUCUCCCGCCAGCUCAGCACUGGCGUGUCUGAGAUCAAGCAGACCCAGGAGGCCUGGAAGGUCACUCUGGACGUCAACCACUUCUCCCCUGAAGAGUUGGUGGUCAAGACCAAGGAUGGCGUGGUAGAGAUCACUGGUAAUAAACUCAUAUCUCUAUCUAGCUUUGGCUCUGUCUCUGUCU